AUGUUAAAAGUUUAUAAAAACAAAUCAAGUGUACAAAUAUUUGCAAAACAAUCUAUUAACGUAAUAAAUAAAAUUAAUUUUGAAUCGGGGCCCGAAUAUAGAGCUUAUAGCGCCAAACAUAGAAUCAGAGCUUCAUUGGUAUAUUUACUGGUGCCAAUAGUAACCAGUCGAAGGAGAAAAGGCCGUGGUAAAGGUGUUUGUGUGUCAGCGGAAUGGGAGACAUAUGGAGACUAG